UUGGUGAGAAUAGCCAAAGUCUUGGGAACAGAAGACCUAUACGACUAUAUUGACAAAUACAACAUUGAGCUGGACCCCCGUUUCAAUGACAUCCUGGGCAGGCACUCACGGAAACGAUGGGAACGUUUCGUCCACAGUGAGAACCAGCACUUGGUCAGCCCCGAAGCCUUAGAUUUCUUGGACAAGUUGUUGCGAUACGAUCACCAGUCCAGACUGACCGCCAGAGAAGCCAUGGAGCACCCUUACUUCUACCCAAUUGUGAAGGACCAGGCUCGGAUGAAUUCGGCCAGCCUUCCAGGGAGCAGCACACCUGUGAGCAGCGCUGGGAUGCUGUCAGGUGAGUCCCUCUGGGAUGCUGUGGUAGGGAGCAGCCUGGUUCUCCCGAAAGCCAUUCUGUCGUGCUGCUUGGGCUCCCCGACAGGGCAAGCCACUGCGUAUAAACCACCCCACUUCCCUUCUAGCAAUGAUAAUGUUCCCUAGUUGGGUCA